AUGGAGCCUCCUCCAAAGGCAGGCACUGUAGAACCGGCAGGCUAUCACACCAACGCGCCUCCGAAAAAUCGACCUGUACGCGUGUACGCCGACGGCGUCUUUGAUCUCUUCCAUCUUGGUCACAUGCGAGUCCUUCAACAAGCCAAAUCCGCAUUUCCCGACACUUACCUGAUCGUGGGAGUGACGGGCGAUACCGAGACACACAAACGGAAAGGGCUUACUGUUAUGUCUGGCAAAGAGCGUGCCGAGUCACUACGACACUGCCGAUGGGUGGACGAGGUCGUGGAAGACUGCCCAUGGAUCAUCAACGUCGAAUUUCUCGAAAAGCACAAGAUCGACUUCGUCGCUCAUGACGAUCUUCCAUAUGGAGCUAGCGAAGGCGACGAUAUCUACAAACCCAUCAAAGAGCGUGGAAUGUUCCUCGUAACACAAAGGACAGAGGGCGUCAGCACCACAGGAAUCAUCACCAAAAUCGUGCGCGACUACGAGCAAUACAUUAAGCGACAACUCCAGCGCGGUACAUCACGACAGGAGCUGAAUGUCUCAUGGCUGAAGAAGAACGAGCUGGAUAUCAAGCGACAUGUUGCCGAACUACGCGACACCAUUCGUACGAAUUGGACCACGACCGGGCAAGAACUCAGUAAAGAAUUCCGACAAUUCUGGCAACCCAGCCGAGCGAGCAGCCCUUCAUCCGCCUCAAUGCGUAACGGCAGCAGCAGCGGCCUUAGGAGUCCGCUCCCGUGGGACCGCGCAAGCCGCCAUGCGGAGAGCAUUCGCGGCGAAACCCCAUCCAAAGGUCGUAGCGGCAAUACCGAUUUCGCCGCUGGCUAUGCUAUGGGCUUGAUCGGCGGUGUCAAGGGCUGGAUGGAAGGUGGCAGUCGCCGUCGCAACCUGUCUGAUCAAGACAGUGGUGCGCAUAGUCCAGGCUCAGAUCACUCCGAUCAAAGUCCUGUCGAUGAGACUAGCAGCCGUGGACGU